AUGACCGCAAAGGGAAACUGGAAACCAAACUGGAUCCGAGGAGGAAAAGUGAAAGAUGUUAUAUGGAUUGGAAAAGACGUAAUGGCAUGGUGUUCAGGAUUAUUUAUUGUCUUUUACAAUAUUAAAAAAAGUCAACAAUUUCUACGUUGGUGCUCGAAAUCGUCAACAGGCGAAAGGCCUUGUUCACUAUCAAGUCAUCCAACUCUAAGUAUUUUUGCUUAUGCAGAAAAAAUAAUUAAUCCUCGAUUAUUCGUCUACUCAUAUCCGUCGAUGAUAAAAAUAUCAGAAUGCAAUCUUGGAAGAAAUUUAGGUUAUCUGGCAACAACUUUUACAGACGACUUUCUAGUGUCAUUAGGUACUUAUCCCAACUUUACGCUCAUCAUUUGGUCCUGGAGAACGGGCGAACAGUUGAAAUCAAUCAACACCUGGAUUCAAGAUGCCGAAACUCAGACACUACGAACUAAUUAUCAUAAACCGAUUCUAAUUGCCCAAGUUGGUCUAAAAUUGGGAAAAUUAUGCAUCUGGGAUUUUGCAAUCGCGGGACAGAUGAUAAGUAUAAAAGACUAUGAAGUUGUUCUACCUAAAAGGGCAUUAAUAUGUGACGUAAAUUGGUGUCCAAAUUCUGGUGAUGCACUACUGGGAAUUACUGAUCGUGAUGGACAUAUUUAUCUGUCCAAUCGGGAUGGUACAGUUAUUGAAAGAAUUGUCCAAUCGCAACAUUGUGGAGUUUGUCCGACAAUUGAACCAGCGGCAGUUUGUUGGUUUAACGAUGGAAUUGUUCUAAGAACGACUUUCUGUCAAAUUCGAUUUUACAAGAAGGAUGAUUCUGGUUGGCAUAAGCAGUGGUACGUGAAAACUGCAACUAGACCAUGUGUUUUGAUGUCGUCUCCAUUUCAGAAAAAUAAAUUAUUCUUUUAUACGAUAGAAGGUCAUGUAAUGGAAUUGACUUGUGUUGAAGGUCAAAAUGAUCCUGUGAUAGAAACCCGUAUUUUUUAUGGAGGAUUCGUAAAAUUUGUUGACUUUGUUUAUCCCUUUGGACAUCAUUUGGUGGUUGUUGAUAAUUUUCUGUCACUUGCUGUUAUUGAAGCUCUAGGAGGAACGGAAGUUAGUAGAUUCGAUUUGAAUUUGGAAGAAAUUACUUGCUUUGUUUCGCAUCCGGAUUAUCCGAUGGUGGUGGUAGCCUCAACAAAUGGGGAAGUGGUUUUGGUCAGUAUGCUCGAUCCCUUGAAACCAAGAAUAUUUGCUCACUUUCAUUUGCAGAGGGAGAGAUUGGAUUUGUUGAAAUUUUCUCAAUCUGGCAGAAAGGAAACAUUUUCCGUCAUUGGAGAACUAUCAGUGAAAACAGUAAUUUCUGAUUUGUUCGCAUUUGAGACUACAAAUUCGUUGAGAGUAUUUCUACUACAACAAACAGAAGAAACAUCUGCUAGCAAACAAUUACUCGUCUAUGAGAUUUACCAAAAUGAACCUGAAUUUAGAAACACUUUUAGAGUCAUAAAUUUUAGAGACUGUUUUUUUAAUUUGGAGUACGUUCCUGGAGAUCCAUUUCUACUGAUUGGUACACCUUGUCAAACAAGGCAGCUUCAAGUUUUGAAACUGAAAAAUUGGCAAGAUUUAAGCGUAGAGAGGGCAAUAAUUUCCGGUCAUCAAAUGAAAGAAACCGUUAUAUUUUGCGAUCGAAAUUGGAUCACCAGUAGUGGAAUUGAUGGACUUGUGAUCGUGAGAGAUAAAAUGAUUCAAAGCACAAAAAUAGUACUGAUGACUCAUCAUAGAACGGAUCGUGGCGUUGUGAAGUCAAUGGUUAAAGCUUCUGGCGAUUUGAUGAUUGCCCUAGGAGCUGAUGGUUCACUUGUAUCAUUUAGAUAUUCGGAAAUACUUGAAACUAAUUCGAAGGAUAGGGAACAAUUGCAGGAAGUACGUUUCAGUGAGCAAGAAAAUCAGAAAAUAUUUCCAGAUUACGAUUCCCUUGAUCCAGUCAUACACGAUAUGCUCUCACGUCCUCUUCAGGAAUUUGCACCUCCAGAAGAGCGACAGAACAUGACAUGGAAGGAAUGGAUUGAAAAGAAAAUAAUUCACGAAGAGGAACUGCAGUGUGUAACUGAACGUGAGAAAAUUAUGUCUGAAUUCAAAAAUCUAAAAUUUAAGAUUGUGGAAUUAAUAAAUAGAAAUGAAGUCUGUCCUGAUAUGGAAAAGCUACCAAUAUCAGCAUUUGAUCUCGAUAAAGUGACUCGAGAGCAGAAGACAAAGGCCGCAAAAGAUGAGAGAGAAGACACGCGUUUAGAGCUGGAGCACAAUUGUACAAAAAUGGAUCAGUUGUCCGAUUGGUUAAAGACUAAAUACUGGGAUUCGCAGAUCAAUUUAGCGAAAUCUAUAUUUUCCAUUUUUGGUACGACGGAGGUGGAGAAUUACAUGAACGACUCGUUUAAACCUUACAGUAACGAGCAGCAAAGAUGGGCUGUAUUUAAUAACGAUAUAAUUAAUCAGCUAAGAAAAAAAGAUUCAUUUGCUCCUUGGCGUUUGUACACAACUAGGGAACUCAGUGUAGAGCUUGAAAAAGUAGGAAGAUUGCCGAGAGACGAUGAGAAGGAACGAAUGGAUGCUCUUCUAGAAGCCCACGAAGAUGAUGCUCAAAGUGCAUAUAACAGAGAAUUGGAGAAUCAAUUGGAAAGCGAAGGAUUAACGACUUAUCGUUUCGUGGAGCCAUGUAAUCAAAUAUCACAAUUUGCCUACUAUAGUUACUCACAGUUUCGUUUGGAGAGUAUCUUUCAGGAAAUAGACGCGAUGAAACUUCGUGAUUAUUGGAAUCGUCAAUUCGAUGAGAUGUUUGAUAUAAAGGAACGUGAGAUGUCAUUUAUUCGAGAGAGAAUUGAGAAAAUUGAGUAUAUUGAUCACGAACUUAGACUGAUGUUUGAUCAAACAGUGCCCGAAAUGCCGGAUUAUCCAAAAUGGCAACUAAAGGAAAUACCUGAGAAUAUUAUCACCGUUUACGAUCAGGAGGUGUCAGUAAAACCUUAUAUUUCGCCAUCUGAACAGGAAAUUUUGGACCUGAAAAAUGCAAAGGCGGAACGUAUCAGACAGCUUCUAUUGGCUGAUGAUUUUCGUGAGAAGGCACUGAUGAGAAUGAUGGAUGGCGUUUUGGAAGUACGUUGGGAAGAUACUAUCAAAAAAGAUAUUCCAAAGCCGGUGUGUUUGCUCAAACCUACUGAUCAGCGUACCAAGGAGGAUAUUCUCGUCAUUAAGCAAUAUGAACAAGAUGUGGAAAAUUUGCAUCAAGAACGAGAAAAGUAUCGAAGAAUUUUAGAAACGGAUUUUUGUAAAGUUCACCAAAUUCUUUGUGAAGGAAUUGAGAAAUUUAAUUCACGUCUAGAGGAAGCUUUUCAGUUAAGGAUGAAAGUUGAAUCAGCGAUAAAACAACAAAACUUAAAGAACGUCCGGUAUUGCCUUCGACAUCUUCAUAGACUCGACUUUACUAAAAAGGAAGAUGCAAUUAGGGAAGAAAUCGAGGAAGUUCGUAAACUAUUGCUUGAGUUAAAUAAUAAUAUCAGUAAAAUUCAAACCGAAAUCCAGGAUCUUCAGAUGCCUCACGAUAAUUAUUGUCUUCGUGAGAGAACGUUGGAGAAAAAAUUCAAAUCCGAAUUCCCUGGAUUGAAAAAAGGGGUCCUUGAAAAACUUUACAACCACUAUAAACGGAGACCACGAAUUACUUUGAAAACUUUGACCCCAAAUGAUUUUGUAGAUCUGGGAAAUGCUGUUGUCAUGCUGACAAAACCGGUACAAUUACCCGCUGUCUGUUCGGAUUAUCUAAAGGCUUUGGAUCAUCUAGAUCUAAAACCAGGAAGUUUACCACCUUCCGUAACUGCUAAUCAUUGGGAAGGUUUCCUUCACCUUCGGAGACUUAAGAUUGACAUCGAGAUGAAGAUCAAGGCGCAAGAAUUGGAAAUCAGUGAUGCAAAUCACACACUUUUGGAUUUUAACAAAAAGGCAUCAAAUUAUAGGCUAAAAAUUGAAACACUAAAAAGUAAAUUAAACGCCUCGAAGCAGGAGCGAAUAGAUUACGAAAGUAAUAUAGAAAUUCAAUUGGUCUUGAAAAUGGGUCAAGUGGAAAUUGAACCACAAUUAUCGAGUCAAGAUGCAAAGAGCAGUGUUUUGAUUCCAAGAACAGAGAUUUUGGGGGUGAAUGAAAAGCUUUUGGAAAUUGGUUCAAAAAAGAUGAGUGUUAUUAAACGAGCACUAAAUUUCAAAAAGGGAAUUGUACUCAAAGAAUGGGAGCACAAAUGUCUACAAAUGAAAAUUGAUGACCUAAUGGAGGAACUUUACUCCAUUGAACGGAUUCAAGUCACCAAACAAAUUCAAUUAUUUCUCAAACGUAAGGCAAGGGGUUUUCCUGACGACAAGACCCCACAGAAUUUAGAGAGGCAAUUGGAAGCCACAAAGCGAGCCUCUGAAAAGCUGUUGAGGGACUGGAUGGUGAAAUUGGAUGACGUCGAGAAACGGAUACAGCAGGUGCAAAUGAAGAAUGAGACCCUUGAUAAUAUGAUUACAAAGAUGAAUGUGGUUAAGUAUGAGAUGGAAAUGAAACGCGAUCUUGUUGGAGAAGCAAAGCAGCGAGACAUGCUCGAUAAAAAGAUGACGAUGUUCAUGAAAAGAUCAAAUCUCGUUAGAAAACUUCAAGAAGGUUAUGUUGAAUUUCUCUCCCUCCAGAAGGAUCACGAGUCACAGAGGAUGAAAAUAUUUCCCGAAUUGUCUGUUUCUAAAGCUGUUUAUUAUAAUGAUGAAUCUGAUAAGGAAAAGCGUGUCUAA